AUGGCUUCAAAUCAUGCAGGCGACGAGCAGCAGUACACAGGCUGGUCGUCGACCGCUGCCAACAGUAAUCAACCGUCACCAAAUCGUCGAGACCAUGCAGUGCAGCCACCUUUGUUGACGACUGCAUUAAGCGGUCUUCAAUUCCACCAUGGAACAACCCCUUUAUCAUCAACUUCCCUCUCGAGUCCUUUUAUACAUACCCACUCUCCACUCGUUUCAUCUCCGGCAAACCCCAGAUCCACAUCGUCUUCUAGACAGCCAGCGAACUAUAGCGUCCCUUAUAAUCCACAGGAUUGGGGCCCUGUGGGCCUUGCUGCUGCGCAAGCUCAAUACCCUCAUUCCGGCAGUCAGAUUCGACCUGCGCCCCAGCAGAGAACCGAGACAGAUGAGUCCUUAUCACCACCACCUCCACCAUACUCACCUCCGAGCAAUCAAAAUCGAUUAUCACAAGGGACCUUUGCAUCUCCCAAUCCUAAUGUUUCAGUACCGCCUUCGAUAACACCACCACAUAAUCCUCCGAUUCCUUCAAGAAAUGGCGAUUUUAAUGCAAGUUCCGAAUAUCCACGACGUUCGGCGCAUCGCCCUCGUCCACUUUCCAUGGUCUACACAACCGACACUGAGUCUCGCCAGUUACCACCUCCGCCUCCACCACAGGGUCAAUCGGGAUCUAGAUCUGUGUCACACAGUCGACUCGAUGGAAACCAGGGUGUACCCUAUUCCGCUCCAUCCCAUUCCAGGAAUCGAGUUUCGUCUUAUGAGCAGGCCAUUCUGUCCCCAGCUAUAAGAGACCAAUUACCAGGACCAUCGUCUGGUCAAUUCGAAGCACCAUCGAGACCACCUGCAUCGCGUAGAGCUGCCUCCGCAGGUGCAGUGGUGAGCAGCGCAGGUCCCUCGAGGGACCAAAGUCAAACAAGAAAUCGAUCUCCAUCAAAUAGUGGUUGGGCUCCAGGUAUGCCACUACCACCGCCACCACCAGGCCCACCUCCUACUGUGCGGUCUGUCAGUGUGAGCGGAUCAUCAGAGUCAUCUUCUGCGAGAACACCUCAAGGCCCGGUCAGAUCUAGAGCUCGACCGCCACCUUUAAUGGGAACUGGCCUGGGUAGUAUCCCACCUACACCUGCUGACUGGGUGGAUGAAGAAUACUUGAAGAGCAGGCCAAGCCGAGAUGCUGAGCCACUGCAUAUUGACACCACCAAAGCGAUGGCAACAUCUGAUCAAGCCGAAUACCUUGACUCCAACGGUAAACCGCGCGAAUUUCAGAGAACUCCAGGGAGUGGUGGUCUUUUCCGCAGCCCGGCUGUCCGUGAUCCAAGUGCUAAGGGUAUUCGUGAAAGGCGAAUCGAGCGCCGGAAUCGACAAAGCCAUACGUUUGACGAUAUGAGUGCUAUUUCCUCCAGCGGGAAUCCUUGGGCCGAUGCUUUGGAACAGAUUAAACCGACAAAUCUGGUUUUCCCUGAAGCGAGAAACUCACCCGACCCAACACGCCAGCCCUCAGCAUCAAGGUUUACUCCCAAAAGUUCACGGAGCCUUCCCUCAGACGGGCAGUUCACGACCUCGCGGUCUCGGGCAAGUUCUGGAGGCCUUUUCACCGACCAGUCAUCGUACUCAACACCCAAACUGGACCAAAGUCCGGAUUCUGGACCCAGUGGGCCAUCAGCUGCAUUCACGCAGACGCCUCCUUUUUCGCCAAAUGGCAGCUCCUCGUCCGCUCAACCUAAAGAGGCGCCUCAGCCGAUACCGCCAAAAGCUUUGCCUACCCCUCCACUGGGUUCUGGCAGAGAGUUCCACCCUCAGCCUCGUCCUCGGGGUUCAUCAAGAGGGCCAGAGGAUCGCCCAAUCUCGCAUAUUCUGCAUAUGCCGAAUGAUGCUCUUGCUAUGAUGAAGCCACUUUCACCACGUCGAGUUCCCCUGCAAGGGGCCCCGCAGCAGGCUUCCUUGGAAUCCAUCGUCAAACAAGACACUGAUUUUAUGCAAGAUGCCAUACAGCGGCACCGAAAGUUUAUCGAGGAUGAGGCCGCUGCUCCAAACGAUGCCGAAGCCCUCAAAAUUUUCACGCAGUAUAUGAUCGCCGAGUCGCAAAUUCGGCGUAGACGGUAUGCUUCCAUCUGGGAAUCUGAGUCAUUUGACGCCGAAAUCGUGCAUAGCAAGCUAUUUCAAGUACCUCCCGUUCAACCUAGCAUGCAGCCUGCAAAAAAGGCAGUCAGGCCUGCCCCAAUGCUGGAAAUCCCCCCAAAUCGACCCGGUAGACCGGAUUCCGCAUGGUGGAAUAACUACCAACCCUGCUUGUCACCCAUCGCCAGUCUCAAUAUGAGCAACGAUGAGAGCUCGCGAGGUCGUGCCCCCAGCCGCUGGUGGGAAUCAAAGACUGGAUCCAGUAGCGAAGGGGAUGGAAGGCGAGUGCAGCGCUCCAAGCGUGAAUCAAAAUACAUGGGAUUAGCUCGAGACGCCAUGCAGUGGGACCAGGAACGGACCCCAUCUAGGCUUGAUGAUGCGGGAGCGAACUAUACAGACGAGUACGCAGCUUAUGGUCCAGAUGAAUAUCCGCCAGAGAAAGUUGGAUGGCAUGGAAACGAGAACGAUCAUUCCAGUGCAGGUACUGAGGGUCGAUAUGAAGAGUUCAUUGGAAACCAGAAGUUAGAUAUAUCGCGGCUGGUCACUCUUCCCCCGCCGUAUCCACGCCACUACCCUGCGGUCAACAAUGGACAUCCAGAUCUUGUAUCGUAUCGAACCACGGUUCGAUCUAUCACCGAUAUUUCUGAGAUCAAGUCCACCAGACAGCGAUAUCAGAUGGAUGUUGAGAGGAUGACCAAGGAGAAUCAGGAACAAGUUCAAGAGGGUCGUCGCCAUUUUAAAUCUAAUAUCCAAAGUCAGAUCCAAGAAGGUAGUCUCACCUUUGCGGAGGCUGCUGAGGCCGAGGCUGCCAUGAUAGUUGAAGAACGGAGACGCGAAAGUGAACUAGCAAAGCGCCAGCUUGACUCCUAUCAAAAGAUGGUACUGAAGCCAAUGCAUUCUAUCAUCACGGAUCGUAUCGACAAAGCAACAUCCUGCAUUGAUGAAUUGAGAAGUAAACUUUUCGACGACGCACAGCACGAGACCCCUGAUCAAACGCAAGAAGAAGGCGACGAGAAGCCUGAGCUAUUGGAGAAGCUCACACAGCUCAAGUGGCUAUUCGAAGCACGCGAGCAGCUUCACCGAGAAGCAUUUGAUCUUGUGAGAGAGCGAGAUGAGAAAUACAAAAUGGUCGCUCUAUUGCCAUACCAGCAAAGCAAUAACGAAGAAAAACUCCGCGAAACGCAAGCAUUCUUCUCGAAAGAUGCCUUGGACCGACGUGUACAAUUUGAGACCGAGGCAUUUUCCCGCCUCGAAUCAUUCUUGGAUGUCAUUGAACAGAACGUUGUCCGGGGUGUUGAGAAGCAACUAUCAGCCUUCUGGGAUAUCGCGCCCUCGCUCCUCGCUUUGGUACAGCAAGUUCCUGAAAACCUGCAUGGCUUCCAGGUCCAGAUCCCGGCAAAUGAGUAUGAAGAAAACCCAAGCUACCAUGCGCAUCCGCUGCAGUAUCUCUACUCGCUGCUCUCACAUGCCGAAAAGUCUAGUUACCAGUACAUCGAGUCCCAGACGAAUCUUCUCUGCUUGUUACAUGAGGUCCGGUCGGCCAUGAUGCGAGCUAAUCGCAACCUUAUGGAAGCAGAAAGGAUCAAGCGGGGAGAGUCUGAAGAGACAGUUCGUAAGAUUAUGGAAAUGACGCGCACAGAUGAAGAGGUCUCUCUGACUACGGAUCUGAAGGACAAAGUGGCUACUGUUGAAGGACAAUGGACAGAGGCUCUUGGAAGCCAAAUUGAAGUGCUGCGGGGGAGAGUGAAAGAACAGCUCAUAAGUGAAGAUGCAUGGGAAGACCUAGAGAGACUGGAGCAGGAGUAG